GGUUAUUUGUGCGUCAGCCUGAGCUUCCCGUGCGACUAGUGAACCAGUUCCAGUGCCUCUUUCCCGCUCUUUCCCUGAGGUAGAGAAGAAGCUGCUGCUGUAGCCGAGCGCUCUCCGCCAUGUCCCGCUCCAACAGGCAGAGGGAGUACAAAUGUGGGGACCUGGUGUUCGCCAAAAUGAAGGGCUACCCCCACUGGCCUGCUCGGGUUGACGAAGUCCCAGAACCCAACGCAAAGUCAUCGGCUAAUAGAUAUCAAGUGUUCUUCUUCGGCACGCAUGAAACAGCAUACCUUGGUUCUAAAGAUAUCUUCCCAUAUGAGGAAACUAAAGAGAAGUUUGGCAAGACAAACAAGAGGAAAGGGUUCAGCGAAGGCCUUUGGGAAAUUGAGAAUAACCCCACAGUGAAAGCAUCUGGACACCAGCCGUCACGAAAAAGAAGCUCUACCACAAAAGCUGAGCGUGGAGGUGGAGCCAAAAAUAGUGCAAAGGCAGCCAGAAAGAAGAACCUUGAAGAGGACGAAGAUGCCGAUGCAGAAGAGAAAGAGGAAGCAGAAAGCGAGAAGAAAGGGAAUGCAGAGGGCAGCAGCGAUGAAGAGGGAAAACUUGUGAUAGAUGAACAAUCCAAGGAAAAGACUGACAAGGCAGCAAAUAAACGGAAAGCAGAGGAUACUGCAGAGAGCUCCCCCAAAAAAACAAAAGUAGAGGAUGAUCAAGAGCCAGAGAAAAAUGAAAAAGAAGAUCCCCAGCCGGAAGAGAGCGUGCAAAUGCCAGAUUCAGAUAAAGAGAAGGAUAGUGAACCCCCCAAACCAGCAAAGGAAUCUGAGAAAGAAGAAAAAGUAGAAGAGAAGCCAGUUGCAGAGAAAGAGACUAAAGAGCAACAGGAGAGCCUGUAGCCGAUGUCCUCGUCGUCGUUGUCAUCAACCCCUUCCACCUCCUGGCUGGGCUGAAUUCAUUCAUCGUUUUUAUUAUACUCCCGGGAGCUUUAAAAAAAAAAAUAUGGUAUACAUGAUAAUCUAUCCAUAUCUACAACCCUUUUAAAGUCAAUCUCAUCACGGAGACCUUUCAAACAGCAUCUUGGACUCUUAUUUAAAAAUAAAAGGCUUCUUAUGGCAUCUUGGGACUCUGAUGCAACCUUUUUGCCUUUUAAUUCCCCCUCCAAUUUCCGUGUUUUGCUGCUUUCUUUGCCAGUAUAAAAUUGUUCAAUUCCAGUUCUCUCUGUGCUCAGUGAUUUCAGAUCAUCCUAGAUUGCUCCCUAUCCAUGGUAAUUCAUUUAUAAAAAUUUUUUUUUUUAAAGAAAGUCCUUAAGGGCCCAUUCUUAAUCCAGUCUGUUUGUCCUUAAUCUACGGAUGUGCAGUGAGCAAAAUGGCUGGUUCUAUAUCACAGGGUCUGUUGCAAACUUUUAACAUUAAGACAGAACUUGCCUAUUAACUCUUAUAUGGUCUAAUUGGUGUCUGUUUUAGCAGCUGUUUCUAGCAAUGAAACUGGACAGAUAUUGCCUUUAAUUCAGAGGUUGCAGCAGCUUCACUUCCCAUAAUGCAUCAUAGCAAAUCGAGGAAGACUUGUCUGCAUCAGGUGGUAACAAUAUGAAAAUGGUAUCUCUGUGGGCAGCACCACUAUUGUGUUUUUUUUUUUUUGCAUCAAGAUUUGGCAACAGUCUAUUUUUUAUCAUGCUUUAAUAUUUUAUUUUCAUUAGUGUUAGUCACGGCUUUCCAGAGACUCUCUAAAAAGCUGAAGAGCAAGUCCUCCGUUAUGUAUGCAUAGGGUUUUUCCCUUUAGAACUGGACAUAUUUAUGUAGAUAUUGUCUUUAUUGUAUAAAUCAUGCCCUCUCCGAUGGCUUUAAACCUUUCUACACUAAAAAAACACUCUGCAAA